AUGGCGACCGAAGCUGAACAGCAAGCAGCAGCCAAUGCCUUCAUCCAGGAGGUAUGGGGCCUCCAAGGAGCGGCAUACCUCGUCAUAGUAUACACUGCUGAGUCAGUGGCUGCAUACUUCGUCGUCGCAUACUGGAAAGGCUUGGCGAACAACGGUAUAACACCUGCGCAACGUCAGGCGUUGAGGGACGAUCCGGAUAGUCCGGAAUGGGCACUUCGAGUCAAUGGAUCCAAAACUCAUGUGAUUGGACUCUUACUUUAUAUGACAUUGUUAUGGCUACUGAAAGGCUAUUGGGUCAUCUACUAUCUCCGCCUCACCGAAGGUGUGGCUUCAGCCAAGCGAUAUGCUCGUUGGGGCACUAUUAUCAUCCCCGUCACAUACGUAUCUUGCUUCUUGGUAGCCUUUCUCAAGUGCAUACCGUUUGAGAAGCAAUGGCAGGUCGACCCAGAGCCACAGAACUCUUGCCUACCAGCUAUCACAUAUAUACAGACCAUUUAUGUUAUGGCCAUGAAUACCGCCACUGACUUCUUUCUGAUGUCAAUUCCCCUUCCUAUGAUUUGGAAGGCUAGGAUGCCUUGGCGCAAGAAGGUCGUCAUCAUGUUCAUGUUCAGUGGCGCACUCUUGGAGAUGGUAUUCGGAAUCUUGAGGGCCGUGUCUAUUCUCACAAAAGGAAACACGGAUCCAGCUCAGUCGGGCUACUGGUCUGUUCGCGAAUCAUUCGUCAGUUUUGUCGUCACAAAUCUCCCCAUGGUCUAUCCACUUCUCAAGCGAGUCGUCGAGAAAACGGUCUCAGCUUCCAAGAGUGGCACCCGCACUCCAGGCCUAGGCGACAGUCAGGGUUACCGUCUCGGGGACUACAAAAACAAAGCCAAUUCACGAUCACGACCUGAUGAAACUGAUCUCGGAGACACGGUCUGGGGAUCGAAGGAUCAUAUUGUGCCCGCUGAUGGGCAAGCAAGUGGUGAUGACACCUCGAUUCAAAGUGCUAGCAAAGCACAUCGAGAUUCACAUCUUGGUAUAAAGUCUCAAAAUAUCGCAAAAGCCGUGGGUGGGCUCCAGCCGAGCAAGAGCCACGGGAAGAGACAAGGAUUGGAAGCAGGGCUUGGGGAGAUUAUGGUGACGUCCGAAUAUGUAGUACGGGUAGAUGAGUAA